UAUAAAACACCUGCUCCUCUUCUUUGCCAGACCGUUCAGUUUGCCUACAUUCUACAGAGGCUAACUUAAGACUUAUUAUCUUUUUGUGAUUUCUGGGAUCCAGCCUGGCCUCAGUUUUACCUGUGUCUCAGGUCCACAGCUCACCUGUGAUCUCUGGUUGCCUGACUCACCCAGCACCACUUCACUCCGUUCCCUGGUUGUUGGUCCAGCUCAACCUGCCUGCACAGCUCCAAACCCUGAUCCUACCCUUCAAUAUGGAAGUUGAGAAGCCUUUUGUCCGAGUCCUGCCUUUGGGUCUAGAAUUACCCAGCUUAAUAAAUAACUGAUAAAGGAGUUACAUGUUAGUGAAGAUUUGUGUUCCUUUUAGAAUAAGUAGUUUAAGUAUUAUCAUAACAGCUGUGUUCCACUUCCAGAGCUCUGGUAGUGUGCCCUAACCCUAAUCCUGUGGCAUAGCCAAAAUUGCCUAAAUGGAACAGGACCAUUACUAACUAUAUUGGUUAGUAUUAUUAGUCCUGUCAAAGGUAUGUUGGUAAAAAUUACUUUAUAUCUUCUCUAGAAUCUCUGUUCUCUGGGAGAAAUACAGCCUAAGUAGUUUCAGUUAGAACGUAUCUGUCAGAGCAGGUUUGUUUGGGGGAGUGUCUACCUGCCUUUUUUCCACUACCUGUCUGGACAUGCUGACACACUGGGAUACAUAGGCCUUUACAAAGAAGGACACAAGCAGAAAAACUGGACUGGACCGAAUGCUGGAUAAUACACAGCUGUGAAGAGCAAGGAUUAAUGUCAGACUGGAUUCAUUUCAGCUUGACUUGAAGUAUGCUGAAAGCAGCCGGAGCCUACAGGUGGAUGCUGGGGUGGUGGUGGGGCUUUCAGAGCAACAGGCAGCAAUACGGAUGCAGGGCAAUCGAUUGGAAGAAAAUGAAAUGGAAUAUAAUAUUCUUAGGGAGGAUGACGAACAUGAGCUCAGAGGGGUCCCAAGGGAUGGAAGCAGUCUCCUACUGGACCUUGAAUGUCACCAUACUGAGGGCAACGAUGUCUUUCUCUGAGAAUUACUGGUCUGAAUUUGACUGCUAUGUUGUUCUCACUCUCCACACGGCGACGGCAAGGAUCUGCCGCACAAAAACUGUGUCCAACAGUAGAAACCCAGAGUGGAAUGAAACUUUUACCUUCAGGGUCCCCACCCAAGUGAAAAAUGUUUUGGAGAUCAAGCUGUGUGAUGAGGACUCCAUGACAUAUGAUGACCUGAUUUGCACUGUUCUGUUUGACGUCAGUAGCCUCAAUAUAGGGAAGAAAGAGACCAAGUCCUUCCCCAUAAAUCCUGAGACACAUGAUGAACUUGUGGUAGAGUUGGAGCUACUCCAGAGUAAGGAAACCACUCAUGAGUACUUCACUAAUGGCAUCCUUGUGGCUGCCCCAUGCUCUACUUUGGAUAUCAAUGUUGACAGACCACUAAGCAGUGACUGUAUUAGGGACAAGGUGCUGAAACUGAGGGGUGCCUAUCCGGAGAAUCAAAUAUUUGAUGCAACCCAGAAACUACGUUUUCACAUCAACAGAGACUUGGAAACAGAACUAGGAAUGGCACCUUCUGAUGCGGCUGCCUCCAUUGCUCCAAUGGAAGCUUCCACUGAGCUCCACCCACUACCAGCCAAAUACACAGGCAAAGUGUCGCUUGUUAUUGAUCAGGACACAGUGGAUUUAGACCUGGAAACACAUGAAUGCAAGGAGGAACAUUUCGCUGUUCGCCUGAACCUUGACCUCCCAGCACAAGAGAAAGAGUAUCUGAAAAAGAGGGAAAUUGUUGUGGAACAGGCUUUGCAGGAGCUUUUAGGCAUCAGCCCUCUACUUGAAUCCAGCAAGGUGCUAACUAUAGCAGUAGUGGCUUCAGGGGGAGGAGCCAGAGCAAUGACAGGCAUGCUUGGUAGUCUGAGAGGCCUACAGGAAAUAGGGGUCCUGGAUGCUACCAGUUACAUCACUGGUGUUUCUGGAUCCACAUGGGCUAUGUCUACUCUGUAUCAGGAAGCUAAAUGGUCACAGGACAUAGACAGUAUCAUCUCAGCAGCAAAGGACCAGAUGACGAAGAGCGUCCUGAGUGUCUUCUCUCCUGAGAAACUGCAGUAUUACAGUGAAGAAAUGGCAGAGAGAGGAAACAAGGGUUACAUUGUGUCCCUUCUUGAUAUGGCAAGCCUAAUCCUUGAGCAUCUGGUCUUUGGGAAAAAAGUCACCAGUACCCUGUCUGGGCAGCAGGGAGCAGUGAAUGAAGGCCAAAACCCAUUACCCAUAUACACUGCUGUCAAUAUGAAGGAUGGCUGUGAAUCUGAAGCUGAGUGGUGUGAGUUUACUCCCUAUGAGGUAGGCAUCCAGAAGUAUGGGGCUUUUGUCCGAACUGAGGACUUUGGGAGUGAGUUCUUCCUUGGUCAUAUGGUCAAGAAACUCCCAGAAGUCCGCAUCCCUUAUCUGAUGGGAAUAUGGAGCAGUGUCUUUUCUUUUAACCUGUCCCAGCUGUGGAAGAUUGCUAUGGGGUACCCACCCCCUUGGAACCCUGUCCUGGAGCCAGAUGUCAACAGCAUAGAGGCUGACUCUGAACCUUCAAAUCUGGACACAAGCAUCUUAAACCCAACAAUCGCAAGCAUGUUGACUAAUUUCUUCAAGGAUCGUCCAGUCAUUGCUGAAAUGUAUAAUUUUAUGCGGGGUCUCCUCCUGCACAGGGAAUACAAUAAACACAGCAAUUUUAAUGCUUGGAAAGCCGCACAUCCAGAUGCCUUCCCAAACCAGCUGACACCCAGUGACCCUACUCUGUGCCUGGUUGAUUCUGGUCAUGCCAUCAACAUUGGCUGUGUGCCUGUCCUGCGACCAGAGAGAGAUGUAGAUGUCAUCAUAUGUCUGAGUUACUCUUGGGACCCAGAUCACAUCCUCAAUGUGAUAAAGAAGACAGCUGCCUACUGUAAAGACCAUGACAUCCCUUUUCCCAGUGCAGAUUUUGCCAGUCUGGAAAAGGAGCCUCAGAAGGAGGUCUACAUCUUCGAGGAUGAGGAGAAUCCCGAGGCCCCGAUAGUGGUUCAUUUCCCACUCGUCAAUGUCACAUACAAACACUUCAAAAGUCCUGGUGUAAAGCGUGAGACUGCAGAAGAAAUGAAAGCUGGGGAAGUGGAUGUGAGCACCAGCAGCUCUCCAUACACCACCAAGAACAUGACCUACACAAAAGAGGAUUAUGAGGCUCUGGUGGACUUGACCACUUAUAAUGUGUUAAAUAACAAAGAGAGCAUCACCAAGGCCAUCCACAAGUCCCUGCAGAGGAAGGCAUCCAAGAUAAAUAAAUAGAAGAAAUAUUUCUCCUAGUUAUCAUUUUUAUAAGCAGCAUAAGUAAAUAUCUGCUCAGUUUGUACCUUAGCAUGUUGCCCUCAGUUACCUUAAAACAUAUAAAAAUGUUGAUUGCCAGACCUCCAUUAAACUGAGGCAUCAUGCUGAGAGUACAGCUCAAUGUGAGUCAUUUGUGUAGGAGUUAGUGGUGGCUACUUACUCUAGCCACUGAUUUAAUUAGAUUUGAAGUAGACUAUCUAACCGCAGUUACUAUGCACAAACAUUUUUGGGUUACUUACAGUUAGUUAUAAUACUUAUUUUAGUAUAAUUUCUAGCACUUUAUUAUUUAAUUAUAUAUGUAUAUGUGUAACAUUUAAGUUGUUAUUCAUGCUAUUGUAGGGGUUACACUACUAUUCAAUAAGAAAGGUAAUUAAUCACUGAAGAUUAAUAAUACACUCAUAAAUGGGGCACCACCUCCGUUGUUUAGCUACUGGAGUAAUCUGGAGGAAUUUAUUCCACAGAUCUAAUCAAAUCAAUUUCAAAUCAAUUUAUUAAAUUUCAAAAUCUAUAUUCAA